UGUUGUCGAGCUUUCCGAGCAGGCUUACGUCACUCUGGAGGCCGAUUUUGCGCUCUGUUUUAAUUUGACGCAAACGAAGGAUCAACGUAUUUCUAAAAGGAAGUGAUGUUUUGAGUAAUCGAAGUUUUCGCAUAUAGACAACAGUUCCGAUUCGUGUUUUCUGGUUGAAGCUGUUGCUCUUCUGGUGGUGGUGUGAUGGUUGUGAUGUUGUACUUUGGGGCACAGAUUGCCCGCGCAAUGGAUUAUUGCAUUUUAUUAGCGUGUCUGGUGUGGGUGACAUCUGCUACGAUCAUGGGAGACGAAUGCGACUGGACAGGAAGUGGGUUGAGUUUGUCGUCGACGGGUCGUGGAGUGACCCCGGUGUAUCUGAGGUGCACCGCCGGUCGGAUUUCGUGGCUCUACCCACGGGGCGCCCUCAGGGUCUUGCUGAGGGUCCCUGGACAAGAUCGGGACUUCAGGGCGUGCAUUAAAAUGCACCCAGACAUAGGAAACAAAGUGCCUGCACGUCUUUUCCUGGAAGGACCCAGAUCGCUGCUGCCGCUCUAUUCGAGCGAGGACGGUGGAAACAAAAUAAUGAGGUGUUUCAAUAGCAAAAAUGGCCAAGUCGCUAUUUACGUGGAAGCCACGGACGGCGAGAGUGUGAAUAAGCGGGUGGCGGAUUUCGAAUAUGAUUUGCAACCAUUGCCGAGAGGUUCUCAUCGUUUCGAUCCUAGCGAAGAAUGCAGACCUUGUACCAAGGAAGAAAUGGCGCACGCCUUUUGCACCAGCGAUCUAGUUACGAGAGGUAUCAUCAGAGGUGUCGAGAAUCAGGAGGAUCUGGAGCUAUCGCAGAUGAUUGUGAAGGUUACAAAGAUGAUCAGGCAACCGACAGAAGAUGACGAUUUCACCAUCGAGACGAAUUCCAUCGAGAGGUUCGGCGAAGAACGAGAGAUACAAUUGAAUGUCGCUCAGCGAUGCGGGGUUUCCCAUGGGGUUGGAGAGUUCGUGUUCAUGGCCAGGAGGAAACUCGGGGAAUUGACGCUCCAAUGCGCCCCGAGAUUGGAGGACUGGGCUUUGCUGAUGCACUCUCUCACCGAAGAGGGCAAAGCGCAUUGCGUGCUCAGCAGCUAGCCGAGAUUGUGCCAAAUCAUUAAUUAGAAACAAAAAGAAGCUUCUGUGAUUAGAAUUUAGAACAGGAAACGUGCUUUUUUUCGGGUGCAAUACAACUAUCAACGAACGAACGAAAAGCAACGAAGUAUAUGGGAUUGAGCGAAUGCGCGACGUUUUUUUUCCUGUUAGUGAUCUGCUCCAUAUUGGAGAUUUAUUAUCUGUAUAAAUUAUAAUUUUAUUCUGUAAAUGUGUACAUUAAUAUCAAUUAAUAUAUGUUACUUAUGAACUUCGUGCUUGACUAAUUCUGUAAAUCUUAAAUAAUUUUAGUAGCUGAAAACGAUUGAAUUCCAGGUGCCAAAACAGCUUCUCUCUUAAUCUUAACUUAAAACUAAGAAAAGUUACUAACUUUAAAUUAAUAAACGAACCACCUAGAAAUCCCAAUACUACACGGAUCUUAUAAAUGUAUCAACACAUAUUGUAUAAUAACAACACACGAAUAAUUGUGUAAUUUCGAUCUCAAAUCGUUCUACUAAUAAUUUUGCGAAUAUUGUGAAAUCAGGUUUACGUUCAAUUUAAAAGAUUGCUCGAACGGUUUCAUUCUAUUAUUUUAUUCUCUCAUUUAUGUAUAAAUACUAUUUGUUACUGUUGUGUGCGAAUGCAGGUAGAUUUUAAUAUGUUGUAAAAUGAAAUGUUUUUUUUUUUGCUUAAAUGUGAAGGCCAUAAGAGUCGUUUUCUGUUUAAACAGAAUCCUGUGAUAUGUAUAAAAAUAUAUAUUUUAUUAUUAUAUUUGAUGAUGUGAAAGAUUAUUCGGAAGAGUCGGAA